UGACGUAAGGCAUCCAGUGACGUGGCCUGCGUGGACGGCUUUGACUCCUGCACUGCAGUUGCUCAUGGCUGAGAAGAUGCAGCCGCAUUCCGAGCCCAUUUUAAAGGGAUUCCCCUGGGUGAUUACGCACACUGACUGGUCUGAGCCAUGGUUAUUGGGACUUUUAGGUUUCCACAUACUUUGCCUGUUGCUCACGUACCUUACUUUCCAACGAUAUCGACUUCAGAUUGGGCAUUUCCUGUGUUUGGUGAUUUUAGUCUAUUGUGCUGAGUAUAUCAAUGAACUGGCUGCUAUGAAUUGGAGGUUAUUUUCUAAAUACCAAUAUUUUGACUCAAGAGGGAUGUUUAUUUCCAUGGUUUUUUCAGCACCAUUGCUGUUAAAUGCUAUGAUCAUUGUGAUUGCAUGGGUACGUAAAACAGUGACUACAAUGACUGAAUUGAAGAUCCUGCAACAGAAAAGAAAAGCAAAAAAAAAAUGAGGAGGAAAGCAGAAUAAUGUAAAAGAAUUUUUAAAUUAGAUUUUCUGGGGGCAGCUAGGUGGCACAGUAGAAAAAGCACCAGCGCUGGAUUCAGGAG